GCGGAGCCUGCGAGGAGCCGCCGUGCGCUCAGCCCCGACCCGCGGCGGGUCCGCAGAGAGCUAAUUUCUGCUUCUUAAGAUGGAGGAAGACGCUAGCCAGUUCCCUAAGAAGGAGCUUCUGGAUGAUGUCCCGAUUGUGGAAGAUGAAAGAGAUGAACUAGAGGAUCCAGAGUUUGAGGUUGAAGUUCUCCCUCCGGAAGCCGAGACGGGCGCCGACUCGGGAUGCGGCCGCCGCAGCCCGGAGAACGCGGCCGCCGGUAAAAGUAGGAAGGAAGCAGCCGUCGCCGACAGGUUCCAGGCCUGCCGCCUGCGGAAGACCUUGGGCCGCCUGCGGAAGCUGCAGGAAGAGAAAGAGCUUUUCAUUCAGGAAACCAGAGGAGAGCUGCGCGCUUGCCGCCAGAGGCUGGAUCUCAUCACCAAACAGCAGGCGAGCGUGGCGGCCGAGGUGGCUGCAGGGAGAGAGGCCAGCAACACUGCCGCCGUGGGGCGCCUCCAGGCGGUGUCCAGACGCCUGUGCACAGAGCUGGACAACGAGAGAGACCUGCAGUCCAAACUCACGGCCAUGCUGCAGGAGAGCGAGAGCGCCAUGUGGCACAUUGAGAUCCAGAAGGGACAGCUCGAGGACGUCCACAAGUCCGCCCAAGAGGAGGAGGCGGCCACCAGGAAGGGCCUGAGGGCGCACGCGGCCAAGCAGCUGCACCGGGAGGAGGGGGCCUUGAAGAAGGCAGAGAGGACCCGGCUGCUGCGGGUCAGGAAGGCCAUGUGCCUCCAGAAGGAGCACGGGCUCAGGCACCAGAAGCUGCUGGAAGAUGCCAGGAAGAAUCACAAGAUCGCGGUGAAGUUCCUGAAGGCUUCCCUGGGAAGGAUCCGCGAGCAGCAGAGGGAAGAGGAGCUGGCGUCCCGCGAGCACAUGAAGAGGCGCAUGGACGCCGUGCUGGCCCUGAAGAACAGCAUCACUGCCAACAGGGAAACACUCCGGAAAUUUCAAGCAUGGGGCCAGGCCAGAGCAGAGCUGGCUGAACACAAGGCCCAGGCCGAGAAGGAGAUGAUUCUGGCCCAAGGGGGGGACGCUUUCAAGCACCUUUUCCAUCAACGCCGGCGCCAGGAGCUGGAAGCCCAGAAGCGCACCUUCGAGGAACAGCAGAAGCUCAGGAAGCAGGAGAUCGUAGCUCGGAUUCUGAAAGAGGAGGUGGAGGAAGCAAACAGGAAGAAGAAACCGUCUUCUCCCACCAAAGCCACGAGCCGGUUGACUCUGAGGGAUAAAACGUGGGGCUACAUCUCGGAAGUCUGCGAGGAUAGGGACGAGGCGGCCCCUCCCUGUAACCUGCUGCAGGACACCGAAGGGGUCCCAUACCCCAGAGCCUCUCAGUUACUGGGAGCCGUCUCCUGUGAGUCCGUCCAGGGGGACCCCGGGAACGUCAUCUGGGAAGAUGACACGCUGGCCGAGCCGGAGAUCCCCGGGCUGUGGAAGGAAGACUACAAGCCGCACCAGGUGCCCAAAGAGGAGGAGGACAGGAAGCCCGCGGGCGGGACGAAGAUGGACAAGGACAUCCUGGCUCGCACCAUGGAGCAGCUGCGCAGCAGGGUGACCCACAGGCAGGUGGCCUCCGGGCGCGAGUUCAAAGGCCGCCCCUUCAAUAGCAAGCCGGAGCUCAUUCACUUCAAGGACUUCGAUGUUGGCAAAGUGUACAAGAAAAAGAUCACACUGAUCAAUGCCACCUACACCAUCAACUACUGCAGGCUGCUGGGUGUGGAGGAGCAGCUCAAGGACUUCAUCCACAUAGACUUUGACCCCCCUGGUCCCAUGUCAGCCGGGAUGUCCUGCGAAGUCCUCGUCACCUUCAAGCCCAUGAUAAACAAGGAUCUUGAAGGAAGCGUCUCAUUUCUGGCUCAGACGGGCGGCUUUUCUGUCCCGCUGAAGUGUUCCACAAAGAAAUGUGCGCUGUCCCUUGACAAGGAGCUCAUCGACUUUGGCAGCUACGUGGUGGGUGAGACCACGUCCCGGACCAUCACGCUGACCAACACCGGGGGCUUGGGCACCAAGUUCAGGUUCCUUCGAGCAUCAGAGUCCUGUGAGAUGGACAUCUCCCAGUCGGCCAUGAAGCUAAGCAGUCUGUUCACGUAUGAAGACAAAGGUAUUUACGAUAAAAUCACCACCAGCAUCUCUGAGCAACAGAUUGAGGGCAACGAGUCCCCUACCGUAGACGUAACAAGCCAGAAGGAGUCUGGGAAGCUGGGCGGCAAGGAGCAGGAAGAAGGGCGCCCCGCAGAAUCAGAGGGAGUGACCAUGACCACUGCGAUGACCGUAUCUCCCAACGAGGAGCAGAUGGAGAUCUCGCUGGGAGAGGUGACAGAGGGAGAGAUUGGCCCCUUCAGCUCCAUCAAAGUACCGGUCAUCUUCACACCCGUCAUCCCAGGAACCAUCCACACCAAGUUCAAGGUCGUGUUUAAGAAUAAGCAGUGUCCCACGUUAUAUUUCAGAGUCACGGGCGUGGCCGUGGACGUGCCCGUGUGGGUGCCGAAGCCCCACGUGGACUUGAAGAUCUGCAUGUACGACCGGCUGUAUCAGGACUCCAUCCUCGUCCACACACGGUCGAAAGCGGCCCUGCGGCUGAAGUUUGAAGUGUGCAGGGAGCUGAGGCGUCACAUGGACCUCCUGCCGGAGACCGGCUACAUCCAGGCCCGCUCCGCCUGCACCGUGCAGCUCAAGUUCCUGCCGCGACACUCCCUCCCAGAAGACGCAGGGAAGUACUUCGACAAGGAAAGCAGAGUCCUGGAGGCCCCGAUGACCAUCCGGGUGGCGGACCAGAUCAAGCCAGUGGGGUUCACGGUGCACGCAGUGGUCACCACCUCGGACCUGGAGCUCAGCCCCUCGGCAGUGGACUUCGGCUACUGCACCAUCCACGAGGCCGUCAGGACCCGAGUCAGCCUCCGCAACCUCUCCCUCCUGCCCCAGGCCUUCGGGUUCGUCGGGCUCCCCAAGUUUGUGGACAUCCAGCCCAACGACGGCUUUGGCACGAUCCUGCCGCUAGAAACGCUACAGCUGCAUGUGACCUUCCAGCCCGCCCGGGCCAAGGAGUACAGCUUCGAGCUCAUCUGCAAGUCGGAGAUCAACCGGUGCUUCAAGCUAGUGUGCCGAGCCGUGGGUGUCUGCCCGCCCUUGGAGCUGUCCCACUACCAGGUCAAGUUUGCAGCCACUUCCCUGUACGACACGUCUGUGGCCACCCUGUACGUCAUCAACUCUCAUGUGAGCAUGAACUCGCUGACUCACUCCGUGCCCCGAAUCGGUUCCGAGGACGCCUCUCCUGUGGGGCCCACCAGCUUCGAGUUCCUGCCGCCCCCAGACUCACCCAUCACCAUCUCGCCCUUGGUGGGGACCGUGCUGCCAGGAAAGAGAUGCCUGGUCCAGGUGGCCUUCCGGCCCGUGCUCCCGGCCAAGCUGAUCCUCCAGGAAGCCUUCCAGAUGCUGACCAAAGAAACGGAGGUCAAAUCGUCCCACAAGGACACAGUCACCCAGAGGAAGGACCUAACGAGACAGUCCAUCUCCACGCUGUGGCUGCAGAGCCGGGACCACCCGCCCCGGGCCUCCACCACCCAGGAUGCCGAGCUGCAGAAGCUGGACCUCAAGCCCAGUUCCGACGAGUACCAGGCUGCCCAGGCCACCCUGGCCAGAUCUUUCCCGGGGAGCUUUGACAAGUUUGUGGUGCCCUGUGUUGUUGCCAGUGGUGACACUGCGGACAGAAAGGGGACGGAGCCCCUGAGCUUCAGUCCCCACAAUACCCUGUACCUGGAGCUAUGGUGUCCCGCUGUGGCCCCGUCCCUCGUCGUGGCCUCCAACAAGGGCAAAACCGUCUUCAACUUCGGUGACAUCGCUGUAGGGCACUGUGGCAUAAAGAAGGUCUCCAUCCAGAACAUCUCCCCCGAGGACCUUGCCGUGGAGUUCUCUGUGCUGAACCCCAAUGGCUCCUUCAUCCUGCUGAACCCCAUCAGCAAGCUCCUGGCAGGCGAGACCCAGGUCCUGACCCUGUCCUUCUCCCCCCGGGAGAGCGUCAAGGCCCAAGAAACACUGGACGUCAUCACCAAGAGAGGCACACUCUCUCUGACCCUCAUGGGCACCGGCGUGGCAUCCAUGAUCACGUGCUCCAUUGAAGGGGACGUUCUCGACAUGGGUUAUGUGAUUGCCAGAGAGUCUGUGUCCUCUAACUUCAAGCUGCAGAACAGCUCGGUGCUGCCGGUCAGGUUCUCCCUGCAGCUGGACAGCCUCUGCGGCCCCGGGAGCAGAAGCCAGCAGCCGCUGCCGCAGUUCCUCGCCUUUCCCGCCCGGAGAACUGAAGUCGUGGGCACGCGGAACCACAGCGGCCAGAGCGUGUUCAGCGUGGUCCCAGUCGAGGGCAUCAUAGAUCCGGGCAAGACGCAGGACUUCACGGUGACCUUCAGCCCGGACCACGAGAGCCGGUACUUCUCCGACAGGCUGCAGGUGGUGCUCUUCGGAAAGAAAGUCUCCCACCAGAUUCUUCUGAAGGGCGCGGCCCGUGAACACAUGAUGUUCGUGGAGGGCGGAGACCCCCUGGAUGUGCCUGUGGAGUCCCUGACCGUGAUCCCCGCCUGCGACUCCGAGCGCAGAGAAGAAGCCGAGGAGCUGAAGCCCAUCCUGGUGACCCUGGAUUAUAUCCAGCUGGACACAGACGUGCCAGCCCCUCCUGCCACCCGGGAGCUGCAGGUGGGCUGCAUCCGGACCACCCAGCUGUCCCCAAAGAAGACCGUCGAGUUCAGCCUGGACAGCGCGACGUCUCUGCAGCACAAGGGCUUCACCAUCGAGCCCUGCAGAGGCUUCGUGGAGCGCGGCCAGACCAAGACCAUCAGCAUCGCUUGGCUGCCACCUGCUGAUUUUGAUAUGGAUCAUCCACUGAUGGUGUCAGCCCUGCUGCAGCUCAAGGGCGAUGUGAAGGAGACUUACAAGGUCUUUUUUGUAGCCCAGGUGGUGACCAGCCCCUGAGGCCACAGGAGUCUCUCCAGAGAGCCCCCGCAAACUUCCUGCUCCCUUGAAGCCUUGCUGUAGUCUGUAAACCAGUGCAAGCCACCCACAGGCCUGGGACCUGGGCAUCCCCUGCUGGGCAAGCUCAUAUGUGCAGCCCUCUGCAUGGCCCUGUGGCCAGGGCACCCCAGCCCUGCGGGCAUGGCCACUUCCUGCUGUCCUGGACCCAGCAAGUCCAGAGGCCGAGAGCACCCCCUCCCUGGCCCCACUGAGAACCAGCAAUAAGGCCAGUCCUACCCACAACAUGCUCUUACCCUAAGCCCCUCGGAGCCCCCAGCCCCACCUGUACCUGCCUGCCCAGCCGCUAGAAGCCCUGGUGGGGGAAGAGCGAGCUGCCCCCACAAGUCUGCCAAUAAACCUCUGAGCUGCUUCGUA